AUGCCGUGCAUUCUGAAGGUCAGAAUAUCCGGCAUACGGGACUUCAACGCCUUCGAAAGGUCAGAAGUGGAUUCGCUCAAAUAUGUCGAGGUCACUCUGGGAGAGACAAAACAAAGGACCAAAUUUAACAUCAACAGGCACACGGAUGACCUGAACUUGUCCUUUCGGCUGGAAAUCGCCGACGACUCGGAGCUGCAGACCUGCCCGCUGAAGAUAACGAUCGACGACGUGGAAAACAUAAACAGCGGGUACAUCCAAAUAGACUUCAGCUUCUUCUACUUCCACGACAAUUUGAAGUUGGAGGGGUGGUUUCCCCUGUAUGACUCCCUGGCCGGGCUCAAAGGCGAACUGUACUGCACCAUCAAAUGGGAAUUCUUUGAGGAAAAAAACCCCUACAAUGAUAACAGCGCAGAUGUCCUCCUCCUAGGCACGACGUCCUUUCCCAAAUACUCCCCCUACUACAUCGAGCAAAUUAUAAGCUUCGCCCACGAACUUAAGAUUGUAAAUGACCCUGAGUAUGACUGGAAGGACUUGAUAAGAUCCAACAGAAACUCGAAUGAGGCAAGAUGCGACGUCAUACAGAACUCCUUCAUGCAGACGAGGAAAAUUAUUGGGAAAAAGGCCAAACUGCUGGGUGGAAACGCCAUUCUGGGUUAUCAAGAGCAUCUGAACUUGGAGGGCGGCACGACGAACAAAAUUUGCAUCCGCAUCAUCGGGACAGUCGUGAAGCUGGGGGUGAGGAAUCUAAACGACCCCAACUACGCCACCCCCGGGGAAAACAGAAACAUAAAAAAUAUUCUGCGCAACAAUGAGCUUCUGCGGCAAAACAGUUUGGAAAAAAAUAAGGACUUGAAACUCUACAAGAGGGAUAGCACUCUGCCGAACUCCACCUUCAAUUUCGUGGACGUCAUUUUGCUCACCGUCGAUUCGCUUCCAAACAGUGUGAAGUACACGUAUGGAGGACUUGUCGCCGCCAAGUCCGUCAAGGUUUUGCACCAGCGGCUGACGGAGCAGCACCGAGACGAAUGGCUCCUCGAGAUCAGGGACGAGAUCAAAUCGAACGCAAAGUUCUUAUCUUGCAACGUCAUUUUGGGGUACAAAGAAGACACGUACAUUUACAACGACGUGAUCAUCCUCUUUUGCUACGGGACGGCCAUAAAUGUGAUGCCCUCCUUUUUCCAAGAUGACAAAAUCGUCUCCUACGCGAACAGCGAAAGGAACAAGCACCAGUCGUUUAAGGGUGGUCCCUUAAAUGCGCACAGGAAUUCUAGCUGCGUCUAUUUGCACUACGCGUCGGACGACAUAGAGAGGGACACGGUCCUUUGCAGGGUCUGCAAUGAAGCCUCCGUGCCGAAGAUCCUCAUUUCGUCUUCGAGCGUGCCACAGAACCUGGCCGUCAUUGGGAACGGCUUCCUCAUCUCCGCCUUCGUCGUGUACCCGCUGAAGAAGCACUACGGAGAGUACCUCGCCUCAGAGAUAAGCGAGGUCUUCCCGUUCCUGGAGCUGAACCUGCACAAGCAAAUCAUCUGCAAGCUGCUGGUGAACGGGUUCAACAGCAUCUUCGACUACAACUUGAGACUGUGCUUCAACCAGAGCUACCUCUUCGGCUACUGCUGCGGCACGGGCAUGUGCAUGUAUGGCACCUACUCGGAAAAUAAGUUCCUAAUCAAGUCAAAUUACAAGGACAAUUUUUACAUAAGGAACAAGAGCAUCACCACAAGGGAGCUCAAGAUCAUCUACGACAAUUUGAACUAUAGAUCCUUUUUCUGCAGAAAUAAAAGCCUGCUGUCUCCCGUUUUUAUACAAGGGGACAUGGUGCAGGACAGCGACGGUAGAGUGGACCCCUCGCAGAAGUACAAGAGCAAACUUCCCAAUGGCGGAGAGAACGAUUUGAUGGAGCAAGCCUUUUCGGAGGAACUCCCCGUAGAACCCAUUAAGCAGAACCCAAACGGGGAUGAACAACCUAGAUGUGACAGAAUCAAAGGCAAUAACUACUUCAGAUUGAGAGAAAUCUACUUGAAGGAGGAAGAGGAGCUACUGAACUGCCCAAACGAAAGUGACCACCAUAAGAGAGACAGCGCCAUGGAGUACACCCAACUAGGAAUCAAAGAAAGGAAGAGAAUUAAAAAAAAAAAAGAAAAAAAAAAAGCCAAACGGGUAAAAAAUAAAGGGUAUAUUUACGAAGUGGAAGAUCACCUAGACAAUAUAACUCUACUUAACAUUUACGAGGACAGCAUCGCCCUCUACAAUUAUGUGUUCAAUUUAGACGUUCACAAUUACCUGGCCAAUAAGAGGCAUGACAGCGGCGCUCUCCCACAUAGGGGCAGCCCUCCAAGUGAUGAGGGGCAGCGCGGAAAGAACAUCGAGCACUUCCCCAAGGAGGAACCCCCCAAAGAGGGAGCCCCAAACUGCGACCACCUAACAAUGGAAUCGCUGCAAUCCAAAGGGCAUAUUUCACCCGCGAGAGACCCACUUCCACACAGGGGCGAAGAAAAGAGAGGCAGUGACCCCCACGGAGAUGUUAGAAGCCAAGUAGACAGAAGUGGCCGCUCCGAAAGGGAGUCCCCCUCUAUUGUUAAGCGAAACCUUAGUUGCUACGGCCCCAUCAGCACGACCAAAUCUAGUGAAGAGAGGAAAUUCCCCCGAAUCUUCCUCCCGGCAUCUCGCUCCCAGUUGAUGCGAACGUGCAACCGCUCCUUCGCGCUGGACAGGAGCGAAAACAGCCUCCCCUUCGACUGCGAGUUUAGGAAGGGCGGGGGGGAUGAGAACCAACCCAAGUACUUUUUCUACAUGUGCACGCUGGACCUCCUCCCCAGCAUAAGGUUCGAGACGUUCUACGAGCAGCGCGAAAGUAAGGCAGCGCUGAAUGAAGCGGCGCUGAAUGAAGCGGCGCCGAGUGAUGCGGCGCCGAGUGAUGCGGUGCCAAACAAAGCGACGCCGAAUAAAGCCCCGCCGAAUGAAGCCCCGCCGAAUGAAGCCCCGCCACACAAGACAGACGCGAACCCCGGAGGAGCGAACCAGGCGACUGCCCCUAACUCGCGGAAGAGGGAACUCCUCGUGGGGAACAGCCCGCCCAGGGUCACCACGAACAACUGCGUGAUGGACUCCAUCAACAAGUGCAUCGCCAUCGGGAAAAGGCAAAGCGACUCGGAGGGAAACCUCUCCGAUGAGAGGAGGGAAGCGAACUUGUUGGGGUACCUACUUCGUAAGGAACGAGACGACCUGCUCAGCGAUCAGUUCAGCGACCAGGUUAGUGAGCGGCCCGCCGAGGGGGGCCUCGACGCGGUUGCGAGUCAGUGUGGAAUCCUCCAGGGGGAGGCCGCUACUGAGCGGAUUGAAAAACUCCCCCCCCCCGCAGAGCGCAAAACCCUGACGGACGAAGAGAGGAGGAAAAAAAAAACCAAAAAAAAAACAGAAAAAAAAAACAAAAAUAAAGGAAAACACACCUACUUGAACAAUCUCUCAAAGAGUUACCUCUACCUGAUCAAGAGGAUAAAUCUGUUCAGCGAAAAUAAUGAGCAGGUGGAUGUCGUGUACGAAAAAAUUAACAAAGCGUUCAACGACCUUUACAAUGUCUUAAUAUUUUACCUAUUCGCGAACAAAAUGUACCCCUGCUGCUUGUACUGCAUAAAGUACCACUUCGCCUUCACAUCUGUGGACGUGCUGGAGGUUAUGCUGACUGGUCAUUUGGUUAAGAUAAAAAAUAAUAACUCCGUAAGCCUCGAGUUGAAGAGCAUGAAUCGGUUGAUGCAGGAGAAUCUGCUGAAGCACUUUUUUAACUACUUAGAAAAUUACUAUAUAGAGAAGUGGCAGCUGCUUUUUAACUCCCCGGAGUUGUUUCCCCCCUCGAGUGGGGACAAGCUGGGGGCCAGGAGGAGCAAAAUGAUGACGAUGAUGAUGGACCACUACGGGGGGGAUAAGGUCCCGGGUGGGCAGCGAAAGAAAAGGGGAAUCCUCCACACGUUGGCGGAGAAGCUGUUCAGCCUUCGUUUGUGCUUCUCCCACAGGGGGGGUGGCAGCAAGGAGGCAGCAGUGGGGGGGAGCGCCAUGGGGAGAAGUGCAACGGGGAGAAGCGGUAUCGGAAGAAGCGCAACGGGGAGAGACAAAGCCGGGACGACGACGCACGCGAAGGACACGCCCACCCAGCGGGGCGAAGAGAAAGAAACCCGGGGGAACAAAAAAAAUAAGCUCAGCUUGUUCCUAAAAAAGGCGGCCAAAAAAGCGAAGCAGCCAUCCGAUAAGUACAACCUGAGCGACACGCUGUUCCUUUUUAACGACCUCAAAAAUUACAUCUCCCUUGAAAAUAGGAAGCACCUGUUUGAUUCCUUCCCAGACCAGAAGUUCUCCUCCAUCAUAAUAACCCCACUGAAUGUGCUCCCAAAUGUUAUUAUAAAAAAAUAUUUCGGGAUUAUCUCCCUGCACAUUGUUAAGGAAAAUGUUAACUUGAAGCAGUUUGACGUUUUUUACCAGAGCAUAAUAUCUGACGUGCUGUUCAUUGCCAAGGCCCACAUUAAGGCCAUCGGGGCCAACUUGCUCUGCUCCUUCAGGAUCACCAACUUGUUCAUGCGCGAGGAGCGCUCCCACGCCUACGCGCUGAUCAGCAUUUGCGGCGACGUCGCUAAGGUUUGA